AUGCCUCCUUCGCAAGAAUUGAAGUCGAUCCACAGAUCAUUUUCUCCAGUGAAGAUAUCCGAGGGUGGUCCCGAUGCGUCCCCUGAGGUUGACAGUAAAAAUGGUAUUAUAUCAGGGAAUGACGAGAUCUUUCAACAAGCAGAGUACAGAUCUCUGGGAUGGGUCCGCACUUCCAUAAUCCUCCUCAAGCUCUGCUUUGCCACUGGAGUCCUGGCAAUCCCAUCUGCUUUUAGUGUUAUUGGGUAUGGACCUGGGAUCAUCCUCCUCGCUUGUUGGGGCGCCAUAACGACUUACUACGCCUACAUCAUGUACAUCUUCCGGAUGCAGCAUGCCAGUGUUCACAACAUCGCCGAUGCUGCUGCUGUUAUGGGAGGCCCCAUUGCCCGCGAGAUCACCAGUUCUCUUUUCCUUCUUACGUGGAUCCUCGCCUCUGGAUCAGGGUUCAUAGGUCUAUCGCAAGGUUUUCAGACCCUCUCAAGCUACAAAGUAUGCGCUGUCGUGUGGACCCUGGUUGCAGCAAUUUGCACUGCACUUGUUGCUAGCAUUCAAACGUUGGGCAGAUUGGCUAUCCUUACAUGGAUCGGCUUCGCCUGUAUCUUUACGUCUGUUUUUAUUGUUGUUGUCGGUGUCACUCAGGUCGAGCGGCCCGCUACUGCUCCUCAGCAGGGACCCUACGACAUGGAUGUCGUUGCAGUAGGAUCUCCUGGUUUCGUGAAUGGCAUGGUCGCCACAAUUAACCUAUUUGCUGGCUUCGGCUCAACUCCGACGUUCAUGCCCGUCAUUGCUGAGAUGAGAAACCCCUCAUCAUUCCCCAGAGCCCUUUUCACAUCCCAAGGGCUCUUAGCUACUUGUUAUACCUCAUUUGGCACGGUUGUUUAUAUUUACUGUGGACAAUAUGUUGCAAGUCCAUCACUAGGCAGCGCUGGCGGAACUCUUGAAAAGGUUGCCUAUGGCGUUUCUAUACCAGGGUUCGUCAUGACAUCCACUCUAUGGGUACAUCUUGCAGCAAAAUUCCUCCUUGUCCGCAUUCUCCGAAAUUCUGUUCAUUUGCAGGAUAGCACGGUGACUCACUGGGUAACAUGGCUGGGGUCUACCAUUGGAAUCACUACGGCAGCUUUCAUAAUUGCUGAAGCUGUCCCGUUUUUUAGCUAUCUCGUUGGCCUCAUCGGCUCCCUUUGUUGUGCACCGACUUGUCUCAUUAUUCCUGCUUGGAUGGGCCUGUAUAUAGACUGGGAGCUCCGCAAGCUCAGCAAGGUCAAAAUGGCGUUGUGUGGGCUUCACAUUUGUACUGCUACACUGGGCUUUUUCAUCACUGUUGUUAGAACCUACACUACUGUUCAGAGUAUCAUCAACGCCUAUGCAUCUGGAACAGUCGGAAGUGCCUUUUCUUGUUCUUCCACUAUCUAG